AUGCUCUUGUUCCUCUUCUUGUUUGGUCUGGCUCUGGGUGCCGAGUCUCCUUCAGGUGACCAUCAAUUGAAGCUACAGCGUGGUAACUGUCCCAUGUUCUGGUACAGCUUCAACGACCGCUGCUACAAGUAUGUCUCCACACGUAUGACCUGGGCUGAUGCAGAGCUCUAUUGUGUGUCACAGAAGGCCAACCUGGUGUCUAUCCACAGUCUGGGAGAACACAAUUUUGUCAAAUCCCUGAUCAAGAACUUUGACGUUGCUUGGAGAAAAGUCUGGAUCGGACUCAAUGACAUCCCCAAAGAAGGCAGAUGGAUGUGGUCUGAUGGAUCUGCAGUCGACUUUGUCUUUUGGAAUUCAGGAGAGCCAAACAACCAUAGAGGGAAUGAAGACUGUGUUCAGAUCAAUGGUGAUACUGAUCUGAAAUGGAAUGAUGUCCCAUGUUCUCUCACCUUUCCGUCUGUUUGUGCUUCUCGCAUAGACUGUCUUUAG